GCUUCUGUUUUAGCCAAAAAGCCAAAAAGUUACCAAAAAAACCAAAAAGCCACCCUAAAAACCUAUAUACAUCUAGCUGCACGUGAAGGCUGCCAUUUAUUGUGUAAAAUGACCGUUUUGCCCCUCUUUCAUUUUGUUUAUCUCGUAUUCACCCUUGCCUUUAUGUCAAACAUUGAUGGGGAUGUCAGCAGACCUACUCUCCUACAGGGUGUAGUAGUACGGCUGUGCAGCUACAUCAAACGGUGAAGAUGAAGAUGACCCUUCGUUCAAGGCUGGAUCAUAGUAGCAGCUCUGAUCUGAAGAGAAAGAGGAACCAAGAGACGACGAUACUCCGCCAAGGCAAACGGAAAAGCAGUCCCUCCUCCGACGAUCCCCCCAACUGCAGUCGCAUGGCUUCAACUCGAUCCGGCUCUCGUACCCCUUCCGGGAAAGGGAAGGGCCCAAAACCUUAUCACAAAGCCAUUUGGGACUGGGAGAACACACGUAUCUACUUGGAACUUGUUGUCAAGGAAAUAGAUGCAGGUAACAGGCCGCACAUGUCAAUAAAUCUGAAUGGGUACCGGUCCUUGGCAAAGACUUUUGAGGCAGCGACUGGGUUGACACAUAGCAUGAAACAACUGAAAAAUAAGUACAACCAACUAAAGGCAGAGUGGCGUGCAUGGUCGAAACUAAUGGAUAGCCGCAAAGGUCCCACUGGAAUUGGGUUCGACCAAGAGACUGGCCUCAUCAAUGCGUCAGAUGAAUGGUGGGCUACAAUGGAGAAGGUUGACAAAGAGUGUUGCAAGUUUAGAACAAAGAGGUUGGAACACGAGGAAUUAAUGCGUCGUGUUUUCACGGGGGCUGCGGCAACAGGAAAAAAUGCUUGGACGCCUGGUGAGAUGCGGAACCAGCUGGAGGUGGAAGGGGAGUCGAUAGUGCAGACUUCUCUACGGACAGCAACGAAUUGGGUGCCUCUGAAACUGCAAACUUGA